AUGCUCACCAGGAGGGUUUUAACAGCUUCGCGAUUUUUGCUGGCUCAACGUUCCGCCGCACCGCAAUUGAGAUAUCCACUCCCAGUUAUCCAGCAAUUUCGCAGUUAUGCCGACAAAGUUGUCAAAGUACCAGAGAUGGCUGAGUCCAUCUCUGAGGGUACUUUGAAGCAGUGGUCAAAACAAAUCGGUGAUUACGUUGAACAGGAUGAGGAAAUUGCUACAAUUGAGACAGACAAAAUCGAUGUUGCCGUUAAUGCUCCCGAAGCUGGCACAAUAAAGGAAUUCUUAGCCAAUGAAGAAGAUACUGUUACCGUUGGUCAAGAUCUUGUCCGUCUCGAACUUGGGGGUGCUCCAGAGGGUGGUGAUAAAGAAAAGGCCUCUUCGGAACCGAAAGAAGCAGCAUCAAAAGACCAAUCAACAUCUUCGGAUCCUGAGCCAUCCAAGAAGGAGGAUUCGAAACCCAAGGAGGAUUCCAGCUCUCCUCCACCUACAGAGAAGAAAUCGGAACCAAAAGAGACACCAAAGCCCAAACCAUCAGAAUCUAAGAAGCAAGAGUCAUCAUCUAGUAGUUCUGGACCUUCUUUGGGCAACCGUGAGGAGCGUCGUGUCAAAAUGAACCGAAUGCGACUACGUAUUGCCGAGCGUUUGAAGCAAUCGCAAAACACCGCUGCAUCUCUAACGACUUUCAAUGAGGUUGACAUGUCAUCUUUGAUGGAGUUUAGAAAACUCUUCAAGGAUGAGGUGCUCAAGAAGACUGGUGUCAAGCUGGGAUUUAUGAGUGCCUUUUCUCGUGCAUCUGUGCUUGCCCUGCGAGACAUCCCUGCAGUAAACGCAUCCAUUGAAGGUCCAAACGGGGGUGACACCAUUGUCUACAGAGAUUAUGUUGAUAUCAGCGUCGCCGUCGCAACCGAGAAGGGCUUGGUAACACCCGUUGUUCGCAACACUGAGAGCAUGGACCUUGUUGGUAUUGAGAAGACUAUUGCUGAUCUAGGCAAAAAGGCUCGUGACAACAAACUUACAAUCGAAGAUAUGGCCGGUGGAACCUUUACCAUUAGCAAUGGCGGUGUGUUUGGUUCAUUGAUGGGUACACCUAUCAUCAAUCUCCCACAAACUGCCGUUUUGGGUCUGCAUGCUAUCAAAGACAAGCCCGUUGUCGUCAAUGGCCAAAUUGUCAUUCGUCCAAUGAUGUAUCUGGCCUUGACCUAUGAUCAUCGCCUACUUGAUGGAAGAGAGGCUGUCCAGUUUCUGGUUAAGGUUAAGGAGUACAUAGAGGAUCCGAGAAGAAUGCUUUUGUAG